AUGGGGUCCCCUCUAAGUCCCCUUAUGGCGGACAUUUUCAUGGAUAAUUUCGAAAAACAACAUAUAGUUGUCAAUCAAAAUAUCUUAUAUUACUAUCGAUAUGUAGACGACAUAAUUAUUUGCUGGACUGGCACAAGGAGACAACUGGAUGUUUUCCUCAAUAAAAUAAAUAGAGUCCAUGACAAAAUUAAAUUUAAACUUGAAUUGGAACAAGAUUGUUCCCUUAAUUUUCUUGACUUAACAAUAACAAGAAAAGAAUCGUCACAUGUUUUCCAAAUUUAUCGAAAGCCAACUCACACCGACACGGUCAUCCCCGCGUCAUCAUGUCAUCCAUGGCAACAUAAAGUAGCCGCUUUUUAUUGUUACAUUAACCGUUUGUUCACUGUCCCAUUAAGUAAAGAAAAUUAUUUAAAAGAACUUAAUAUAAUUUAUCAAAUAGCGGUCUCUAACGGUUUUUCAAAAAAUCUCAUUAACAAUUUAAUUAAAAAGAAACAAAAGCAUGUUAUUCGCAACUCUCUGUACGCGGUUCAACCUCAAAGUGUUCAUCGAUAUGUGAGCAGUUUGACCUACUUAGGCCCCAUAUCUGAAAAAGUAGCUAAUACUCUUCGACAAAACGGCGUUCAUGUGGCGUUCAAAACAAACAAUUCUCUUAGAAAUAUCUGUAAUAGUAAAGAUAAGUUAGAUAUUCGUCAAAAGUCAGGUGUUUACAAACUUGUUUGUGACGAAUGCCACGCCGUUUACGUGGGUCAGACUGGUCGCAAUUUCGAGACACGUUAUAAAGAGCAUUUAGCCGCGUACAGGAAUUGCAAUCCCGAUAAAUCCCAUUUUGCCAAACAUCUUUUGGACACUGGACACAACCUAGCCAACGACCACUCCUUUAAAGUCUUACAUACGUGUAAUAAAGGGCUGCGUCUGUGUGUGCUGGAACAGUUAGAGAUAUUAAAAAGUAAUAAUAAUACCGUUGCAUUGCUGAAUGAACAAACAAAUGUUACUAACUCACCUCUCUUAAAUAUCUUCAAGCCUGCUCACUAA